UAAAGCUUUUCUAAAAUCGCAUCGAAAUCGGGACUUUUGCGGCAGUCAGUGAUUCGACAAAUGAGUUUCGUGUUAAGUAUUGCCAUGAUCCUCUGAGUCUUUGUACGUCUUUAACGUUAAUAUUUUAUUAUGAUGUUGUGAGCAAACAAACAGAAUUUACUAAGGUGUUAGAAAUCGCCCCUUUUAUUGGCAUAUUAUCAUCCCGACGAAAUUCCCAUAUUGUUUUCUGGAUUUACUUCACUGAUCGCUUGGAGAGUGGUAUCUUGGGAGGCGCUAGUACUUGCCUAAUUCGAAGUUUUCCAUCCAUCCGGUUCCUGAGUAUUUAGAGAAGUAACCGUGGAGUAAUUGAAAAAUGGGGAAGGAUUUUUAUAAAGUUCUUGGUAUUCAGAAGAAUGCUUCGGACGAUGAAAUCAAGAAAGCAUACCGAAAGAUGGCCUUGAAAUAUCAUCCCGACAAGAACAAAGCCCCGGAAGCCGAAGCCAAGUUUAAAGAGAUUGCCGAAGCUUUCGAGGUGUUGAGUGAUCCGAAAAAGAAGGAGAUCUACGACAAAUACGGCGAAGAGGGUCUGAAGGGUGGCAUUCCCGGGGGUCCGGAUGGAGCAGGGGGCUUCCCGGGCGGUGGCAUGCACUACGAAUUCCACGGGGAUCCGCGAGAGAUUUUCUCAAGAUUUUUCGGAGGCAGUGAUCCAUUCGGGGGAUUAUUUGGCGGAGGAAUGGGAGGCGGCCGCCGAGGCUUCACGACCUUCGGCGGUAUGGAUGACGACGUGGAAAUGGAUGACGGCGGUGGCAUGGGCGCUUUCGGGGGGUUCGGUGGGCCGCAGAUGCGCCAGCAGCGCCGACAGGAUGCACCCAUCCAGCACGAGCUGCAGGUGGCACUGGAGGAUAUUUUCAAAGGCUGUACAAAGAAGAUGAAAAUUUCCCGUAAAGUGGCUUCCCCGGAUGGACAAGUGCGCAAAGAGGAGAAAGUGCUCACCAUUGACAUUAAGCCAGGAUGGAAAGCCGGAACGAAGAUCACGUUCCCCAAGGAAGGCGAUCAGAUGCCGGGAACUGUUCCCGCUGAUGUAGUCUUUGUGGUCAAGGAUAAGCCGCAUAAUGUGUUCAAGCGAGAAGGACAUGAUAUCGUUUGUACGGUCAAACUCCCCCUUCGAGACGCACUUUGUGGAACGACGCUUCAGGUUCCCUCCAUAGAAGGCCCCAAAAUACCGGUUCCUCUUACCGAAGUUACCAAACCCCAUACAGUUAAAAAAUUCCCCCAGAAAGGCUUGCCAAUACCGAAACAGCCAGGAAAACGCGGAGAUCUUGUGAUAAAAUUCGACAUCGUGUUUCCCGACAGUCUUCCUAAGAGUACUAAAGAUAUCCUUCAUGACAUGCUUCCUGCGAGCUAAGCAGGAGUACGAUGAUGUUUCUGUUUUCUUGGUCUAGGGCAGUUUGUACGUUCUAGAUUAGAAAUAACUCCUGCUGACGACAAAACUUCGGAUUAUAGGGUUAGAAUUGCGCUCUAUGUAAAUUUUUAAAGUGACACAGUUUAUUAAUUAGUUGUGCUUUAUAGACGUAACUUUUAGAUGUGCACUGAUUUGUGACACCUUAAUGACCUUAUGAUAGCGUCGACAUGGAGCUUUUUGGAAGAUUCUGUAAAUAAACAAUUUUAGUAGUGUUUCAUAGAUUACG